AUGGCCCCAGCUUAUGGGCCCUACGGCGUGAGAGAUAGCAGUGGAGACAUUUACGAAGAGGGUGCUGCUUUUUCGCAAAGCACGGCGCCUGUCACAUCGCCGCUAGCCAACAAUUGCAAAGAAGAAGUACCCAUCUCGUGUCGUCAUUUGGACGAGGACCUCUGGCAGGCUAUCUUGGCCACGACACCUCAGCAGCCUAGAGACACGCGAAUGCUUGCUGACAAGGUUCAUCAAAAGCUGCCUGUCAUCCAAGACUUUCAAUUCCUUCUGGAAGCGGUGAGGUGUGAAAGUCUGAGGCAAUUCGACCUUCGAGAUACAUGCAUCCGACUGUACCUGCUGGUCAGGAGCUGUGGCCUCUCUUCACCACCAUACGACAAGGAAGAGUCAAAGGCUCCGUUUGAUACCCUCUGGGAAAGAUAUCUCAAGGAGAGCAACAGGGAAGUCGAAGACCUCGUGCUCCAGCUUCGACAAAUGACCACGUCUGUUCCAACGGAGGAAGAACGGGACGAAAUACCCUUGUCUCUACCACUGACUGAGUAUCAAUCACGCGUCCAGUCUGCCAGGAAGGGGAACGACAAAUCGGUGCGGCAGCAGUCUUCUAUCGAAGCCAAACAAAAUCGACCGCCGAGUCAAAAGGGUGGAAUGAAACCCGGCUUUUGUGUAAGGAAAAGCAGAUGGUUCUGCAUCGGCAGGGUUUUCACAACGUUGUGGCAUGACAACGCCACGGGGGUCAAACGACAUGCCCGUGACACAGGCUCCAUAACUAAAGGCCCUUAUGAACAGCAGAUCUUUAGCAAGGUCCGGCGAUUCGCGGUGGUGAAAAUGGGCCAUGGGUUCUCGUGGGCGAUUCCCAUCAACUCCUAUAAUUCGCAGGGGACUACCAGAAAGAGUUUUGAUGACCAGGAUCGCCAAGCACAUUCCAUCAUUUAUAUGAAAGGCACAGAGCCAACACUGCUUACCAACGAGCCUCCAAUGAUGAAAACACCAAUCGAGGUGGAUGGAGCAGGCGAGAACAAGAAGUUGCACGAAGCAAGUCGCAUCCGUUUCGACAAAGUCUCCACCAUUGAACACAACGUCAAAGUAGAUAACGUUGGCAGGGUAUCUGAAGCAUCAAUGCCUUACUUCCUCAGCUAUUGGCGAGAGCAGCUUGAAGAGAAUCAGGAGCCAGGAGUGGCCCUGUGA